GAAUUGGUGCGUUACUGCGUAAACAAAUUGUCAAAAUAGUACAAACCAUCAUAGAUUUGGAUGAAAAAAAUUGGAUUUGUCUGAAAGGUCUAAUAUAUUAAUAUUUAAAAUCCUGGAAAGACGCCACUGCUCAAGUUUAAUCAAUUUGGGUGAAAGACUCGAUUUAAUGACAUUUAAAUUAUUGUGUGUUUGAUAUAUCAGGUAUUUGUUGUGUAUAGAAAUUUUCAUUUUAAAUCCAGUUUUUGUGAUCUAUUGGGAUUUGAUUUGGAAAAUUUAUUUUGAUAACUGUUUCUUAAACCUAUAUCUAGACAAGUUUUAAUCCUUUUUGGUUAUCUAAAAGAUUUGGUCCUAAUCUCUGUUACGUGAUUACUUAAACCGUGCUUUCAGACGUUACUGAAUCGUUUUCUACUAAUAGCAUAUCAUUCUCAGUUGUUUUGCUUUUUACGUCAUUGGAAUCACAAGGUCUAAUCUUUAUUAACUACAGGGAUAUAAUAUUUUCAACUCUAGGCUUAUGAGUUCUUUGUUUUACAACCAGUAUGAACACAUUAUAUAGGGUUGUUUAAUUUUUCAUGCCCUAGAAUUCUGCAGUUUAGUCUAUUGGGAUUAAAACAAUUAUCUACAAUUCAACAACAGUCAUAAAUAAAUUGCAUCUGUAAACAUAUUUUCGAGGUUCUACUCUUCAUAAGGUUAUGCAAAUUCUUGACUGUUGGUUGAAAAAUGUGGAUCAGCGAUAGGAGCUGGAGAAUAUGAGAGUCACAAGGCUAUUAAAUUCAGACAAAAUUCAGAGGAAAUAAGAUUAAAAAUAAUAGUCUGCAGCGAGUUCAUUUAAAAAUGAAUAUUUAUUUUAACCACUCUGUUACUCAACAUGAUGUGAGCAUUUUGUGACUACUUGUGACUUGGCUUCCUUUUAAAAAUAUUUACCAACAGAGAUGUGACCACUCCGAAUGAUCAUGCAGAAAUAUGGAACAUGAAUUGCAGAGUAUGACGUUCCAUCCAUUCCUGCCUUCUUUGUUCAAGUCAUGUGUUAUCUGUUUUCUGAAGUGUAUCCAUUAAUACUCAUGGUCGUUUUAUUUCUGGUAAGGUAGUUUAAACUAGUCAAAAUGUUAUAAACCAGUCACUCUUCUAUGACAAGUAUAACAGGUCAGUUGAAAUGUGUUAAUUUUUACAGUGUUUUACAGUGGAGACUCUUUUUGCCAUGAAAGGGUUCACCGACAAGAUCGAUGCAACCCGUUUGGGUUAAGAGACUCCAUUCGUUGACCACUGGAUUAGAAAAUUGAAGCCCCACCUUAGGUCAAUCUAGUCGCGAUAUUUGAAUCCUUUUGUGGCCGCCUGGAUGAUGAUUGAUUUUAGAGGAGCGAUAACAAAUGAUUUUCUGAGGUCUAAAUCGACAUAACGUCACUUCAUGUUUUACAAUUAGAGAAAAGAGCAAAGAUGUGGGAGUUUUAAGGUCACCUUUCUGAUGCCCACUCGACAGAAAUAACUUGGAAUCGUAAGUAUUUGAAGGAUUUCUCUUGUACUUGAAGGUAGGUAGGGAACUUCGGAUUGUACUUCCCUUCAGUCGGUCUUUCAGGUGAUAAGAAACACCACGGAUUAUUGCUUUGUUUAAUAAAAGUUUAAAAUUUUAUUAGUUUCAAGCUAUUAUCACUAUCAAUUGUCUUCUCUAUAGCUUAAAUGUUUAUGUAAUCUAAUUUUAUCCAUACUAGCUAAAACAAACACAUUGAGUUUCAUGAAAGAUUAGUUGUGUGAAGCGAAAGCAAAAAUAAACAAGAAGCCACUUGCCAAAGCCGCUAGAGCAAAUUUACUGCUCAUUUAAUGUGAAAUUUCUUGUAGAAGUUGAUGAUAAUUUUUAUCAUUCUAAAGAUUGUUGAAUCCAUUUACGAAAUCCAUAAAUAAUAUAUGAACAAGUACACCUUAUACUUUGACGGUGUCACUAAAGUUUAUACACUUAGACCACUGAAGGUUGCUAAAUCUCACUUAUUACUUAGUUCAUAUUUUGUAUCUGGCAAUUACAUUGUUGUUGGUUCUAAUCAUUGCACUUCUUGAAACUCAAUCAACACACUGAAGUCUUAAGCUACAUGUUGGAAAUGGUUCUUUCAGUCAGAGAGCGAAUAUACCACUCAGUAGUUUGGUUUACAUAGUUGCCCAACAAGUAUUUUAAAUAAGCUGCCAGUGCUUCUGUAGGGCUUUAAAAAAGCUCUCAAAAAUUGAUGAGAAGUUGAGUCGUGUUCAGGAGGAUAAAUUUUGAAGAAAAUAGCUAUUUUCUAAUGGAUUAAUAGUGACAAUGAGAGCGGGCAACACUAUAAGAGUAAUCUAAGGUCGGGAUUGUUGUUGACCAAUUCUAAACUAUGAAAGUGCGCAGUCUCGUGCGUGUUUAGACAGUCGAUUCACUGUCUUAAUGAUUGAAUAUUAUUUAAAUAUGAAAAAAACUAUUUAUUCCAAUGCUUGCAGUGGAACAUGAGAUAUCAUUGCACUGAAAACUUCCACUUUUGGGGUCUUUGUGUGAUGCUUUGAAAAAUGAAAAUAAAGUUGGCGAACAGUAGCAUUAUUUUUAUAGUUUUUGCAGUAACUUUAGUUUAGUAUCACUGCCUACUUCCUAAUGAUCUGUUCCAUUUGUUUUUAAACCUAAAUUAUAUAUGUUGUUCAAUAUUAUUGAUACAUUUAAUUCAGCUUCUCUGCUCUUUCCUCUAUUUUUUCCCUUUUGUACUGAUGUAAAGCACCAUCUUGUUCCUGUCUAUUUCUUAAAGGUUUAAUGUUAUUGAUGACCGGAUUGAAUUUAUUGUUUUAAUCAAGUUCGUGAUCACUAAAUAUAUUUAUUUGGGUAAAUUUUCACACAAAUUCACAACCUACUCAUUUUUAAUCGUGUUUUGUUCCCUGUCUUAUAUAUAGAGAGUUAGCUAAAUAGGGUUGUGUUUUUUCUUAAUUUUAUAUUCAUCUCCAAUCCGAUUUGGUUUCGAAACGUUAAAAAUACACCUGCAGAUUCUAAAUAUAAGCUAUUCUUAUUUUUGUGGUCAUAAUUUUCCACUAAAAUGGUUUCGUUAGAAUUGAGUACGGUUUUAAAAUAUCUUUAAUCUUAAGCAACAUCAUCUGAAGAACUAAUGAAGCCAAAAAUUCUGGACUACUCUUUUAUCCGUUUUUGUGUUUAUGAUCACCAGUUUACUCAGAAGUGUUACAAAUCCAAUGGAUUGAUUUCAAUAUGGAUUUACUAGAGUUUUUAUUGAGAAACUCUAUGGUUGGUUUCAGAUUCUCGUUGUUUGUAUUGUUGGAGGUUUUUCUUCUGAUCGAUGAUUUCCCUUCCACCUGUAGAUAAAGCAAUUAUUGAGUAAAUUUAGGUUGCCCUAUAUUCCACUGCAACUGUACAACAAUCGAUAGAUUUGAACAACUAGGAAGUAAGUUUAUAACAUAUUCACUAAUAUCAACUGUGAUGCAUUUUUGGGUGCCGGGGUUGCUUCUGCUGAUAUUCUCAUCAAUUUCAUUCUCACGUAGCAUUUUAUUCAUUUACGGUAUUAUGAACGGGGUUUGAACAAACGUCAUUCAUCACAACGGAACUGUGUAGGUUGUAGACUAUCCGUCUCUUUCCGUAUGUGUGUUAGUUGGCUGGGUUUAAUUUAGGGUCUUUUAAUCACCGACUAAUAAGAAAUCACCGAAAUUAAAUGGACUCAUUUGCACCAUGUUCUUAAAAGUUUAUUUCAAUCAUAUUGUGCAAGUUACAUAAUAUAUAAUCUUACUAACUACAGUAGAGCAGGAAUUGCAAGAAUUAAGAAAUGAAGUGAAUUUGUCUUAUCUCGUUUUCAAAAAUCUAGGGGGCUAAUAUAAAUUAGCUAACGAACACUUAAUGAGGAAGAGAUUGAUGUGUUCGUUCUCUGGUUUCUAACAGUAUUCUUCAAAAAUUACCACUCAUUUGGAAUUUUUAUACUUAUUUGCCAACAAAAUAACCUUUUGACAUAUGCAUUUUACUAGGGAAUUUGAUGUUUCGUACAACAAGGUAAUUCGUAAAAGCCUUUGUGGUUUUCAUCAUUCAGAGAACCUUCAUAGAUAAGAGUCAAUUAAAUUUUUUAUCUUAAUGCGUGGCUCUUCUUCAGCGUAUAUUUGAACAAUCUUGCGUGAAAUGGUAACACAUCAAGCUUCUGUGUCCGAAUCAAACUGUCCACAUUUUCAAAACCAACCAUAUUAUUUCCUUAUGCUUAUGAUCUUUAUCACUAAGAUGUCAUGAUAUCAGACUGUCUAAAAUUCAAAAUUUCAAGUCAAAUUCAUCAAAUACCCUAUUAUAAUGUCUUUUAUUCUACUACUAGCCACUGAUGAAAGGCUAUUCUUAAUUCACCUAGAAAUAAUACUCACAUAUAACCAAUUUUUUUUCUAACUGUAGAUGGCAACUCCUAGUUUGAGGAAGGGUACAUCUAAUUCAGACCUGUUAGACCGCACAGUUACCACAAAUUCUAAUCCAGUUAGAGCAUUUUAUGAAAUACCUGAGGGCAAAUCAACAUCUGCCCAAAUAGUCAAAGAAUCAAGAGAUUGGCUUCGUUCUGUUUCAACAUGUAGGCCAUUUACACCUAAAGAUAAAACGAGAUCACUGUUGAACACACUACAAACAAGAACUGGUUACAGACCACCAAGCGCUUUCAAGGUUACUGCAAAAUCUUUUGACCCUUAUGAAACAACAAGCAAAUCAAAUAUCCAAUUGGAACCAAUUCAUACAAAAAAAAAAAAUGUUCAGAAGCAAUCAAAGCUUGGUAAAAUUGAAAUGAAACUUGUCGUAAAACGAAAAUCUAAAAAUCUCGAUGACCGAAUUCGCGUUCGUCACUCCGCAACACCAUCUCAACCCAGUGGACCCAUGGAGGAAUCUGUUUUGACUGAUAGUCAGAAAAAUUCACCACGUCUAGAACUUAUUGGCACACAAACUCGUUUGAUCUCCCCGACAAAUGUUAAGCGUCCAGCUUGUUCGUUUAUUAAAUCAGAACGAUGCUCCGCUCCAAAGUCUCCAUAUGGUAGUUGUACCGAACUUCAGAUGACGUCAACUACUCAAAAAUAUUCACAAAAUACUCAAAUGGAAAUAAAUAAAAAUAAGGAAAUCUUCUCAAAAAUUGAUUCUAUUCUACAUGAAAAACAUUCUUCCAAUAAUAAAAUAACAACAAGAAUUACCGCAUAUCCUUACUAUCUUAGUCCUCCUCAAAUGUUAACAUUAUCUUCAAUAGAUGGAGAUGAAUCCUUUCGGCCAAAUAGUCCAGUUGAUUCAUUUCUUUUAUCGAAUAGAAAAACUUCAACUACUAAAGAAGAUAAACAUCAAGUUAGGUCUAAUGGUAUUCGAUCUGCUGUUACUGGAACAAAUACAAGUAGAGAAUUUACCAAAUUAAUUGUCGAUGAGAAUAAACCUAAAUCUUGUGGUCCACAUCAACGUUCAGUCAAUUACGAUAUAACUAAUAUAAAUUUACGUGACAAAUUUCAAACAUCUGUGUCUAGUGACUCUGGUUUGUCAUCCAUUACAGAACUGGAUAAUUUAAUUUAUCAGUUAAAUGAACUGUCAUUGUCAACAUCAACAAUAAAAACAGAGAUAUUAGCAUCAUCAUCAUCCUGUUCUAAUUUACGAAACUCAAAAACAUUUGAUUCGCAAGUAUUAUUUAAAGACAACAAUGAUUCAUCAGUUCAGGAACAAUACCAAAAUUCAAGUGAAGCAAAGAACAAAGCUACAACUUCGACAAAAAGUAUGCAUAAAUCGGUGGACGAAGAAGAAACUGUUCAUUCAAACUUAACAACAAAUAAACCAAACGAAACUGAAAUCACAGACCUAUUAGAUCGUAUACAAAACUGUAUCAGUGAAUUUGAUGUGGAAGGGAAUCGAAAUUGGCCAAACCGUUCAACGUUAUUGAAAGCUGUGUUUAACUUAAUUAAUUAUCCUUCAUCAAGGAUACAUCUAGCAGUAGCUAGAUUGAUCUUUACAAUGAAUGUAACUGGGAAAAAUUUGUUAAACAUUUGUAAAAUUGUCUAUAAAGUGGCUAAAAAUGCAAAUAAUGAUUGCUUAUUUCUAGAGAAUCCUAAUACACUUGACAUUUUGAUUGAUGCUCUACACUUAAUAGAAUUGUCCAUUAAAUCUUUUUCCGUUUCCUCAUCUGUUGCCUAUCCGUCAACAUUACCAGUAACCUCAUCGUUAUCACCAAAAUCUUGUUCAGUGAACAAUUUGUUUGAAAACCCAACAUUAUUCUGUAUGCAUUUAGAAAGUUUAUUAUUUUUAACCGGAACAAUAAAGUUUCUUAUAAGCAAUAUAAAUUUCAUGCCUAAAUUUCAUUCCAAUUCAAGCUUUUUACCAAAUUUAAUGACUAUUCAUAAGCACAUAUAUGAAAUGUUAAUUUAUUUCCUGAAUAAUAAGAAGUACUUUUGUUCAGUAAUUACUGUUAAAAACGAAGGGCAACAUAAUAACAAUGAUGACAAUGACGGUGCUAAUAAUAAUGAUGUAUUUGGAAAUCAAAUUGAUAAAUUUAUACAACAUGCAUAUCAUAUCAUCAUACAGGUCACAGAGAUAUUUUGUUAUUUAAGCUCAAUGGAUUCAUUUCGUCCUAAACUAAUUGUGAACAAUGGAAUAUUGCAACAUAUUAUAAAUUCUAUAAUCAAUUAUAAAGAAUCCGAUGACAAAAUGUUGAGGAAAAGUGAUAGUACUCCCACUACUCCUGUUUGUAUAACUACCGAUAAUAACGAUGAUCAAAGUGAAGUGGAAUUCAACUUUUCAGAAUUUUAUACUAUUUACUUCAAUUGGAUUAGAUGUUUAUCUCAUUUAACAGAACAUGCAGAUGUUUGUCAUUGUUUGGAAAAUUGGUUAAUUCCAUCCAACAAAGAUAUGAAUAUCAAUUUAACAACAAAUAUAAAGCCGAACGAUUCGAUUAAUACAUGUCAAAUGUUAUCAACACAAAUUACAGUAUUAUGUUAUGCUUUAACCGAUUUCAUAUACAUUUUUGAAGAAAAACAUGAACUUGUUGUUAGGACAGCCUAUGUACUUGGCAAUCUGGCAGCUAAAUGUGAACGUGCACGUAUAGCAAUAGUACCUAAUCAAAAUUCUUUGCUGAAACUAUGCAAUUUAUGCCAUCGAUAUAAUGAAAUACAAAAGCUUAUUCAUCAAUCUGAUCAUUAUACAGACAAAACUAAUUUGAAUAAAUUGAAUAUAGUCGAAAAAAAUCGUACUGAAUUUAAUAAUACCGAUUUCCUAAAUAAUGCUUUAACAGAUAAACUAAAUAAAUCUGUCAAAUCAACAUAUUCAUUACAAUAUGAUAUACUGGUGAAAUUACUGCGGGUUAUAGCAAAUGUUAGCAUUAGUAAUACAGUUGGAUUGAUAUGCACAGCAAACUUUGAUUGCAUAAAUUUAAUCUUAGGAAUUAUUGAUAAUCAAUCUAUUGAAGAACCAAAUGAAUUACUGCUAAACUGUUUUGCAUGCUUAAACAACUUAACUUACUACAUAAAGCAAGAACUAGCUGAUCAAUCUGUUAUAAAACAAUGUGAAAUAGCAGAAAGUUUAUUACGUGUAAUAACGAAGACUAGUGGUCUUCAGGAUGAAUUUCUUGGAAUAAUACGUGUAUUCGGCAAUCUUACACGGCAUACAGCAAUAAGGCAAUGGUUAGCUAAUAAUAGCAGUCGAUUAUUACAAGUCAAAUAUUUUUCAGCUUCUAAUAGCAUCAAUCCAAUCAGUAGUAUUAAUAAUAAUACUACAGGAUUGAAUAAUUUAAUUCAACAGAACGCUUUCCUAUAUUUAGUCAUACAAGCGUUGGAUUCUCCACGACCAGAUAUUGUUUAUAGUACAUUAGGUGUGUUGAUUAACUUGAUGACAGAUUUAGACCAACGACCAAUGUUAAAAAUAAUGGGAGGCCUAUCAAAACUUGUAGAAAUUCUUCGUGAUUUUGCUGGACAUGACUGGGAGUUAGCUGGAUUAACGUGUAAAACAUUAUGGAAUUACACAGAAGUGGUUGAUAAUUCACAGGGGAAAAUGUUUGAUCAAGAAUUGAUGAAUGAGUUGCUAAGUCUACUAACCAAAUUUACUGAUGAUGAAGUUAUUGCACAAAUACAUAAAUCAUUAUUAUCAAAUAGUUUGGUAGCCGAAUCUGAUUGCUUAUUACUGUGGGAAUCCACAUGGUCUAACGAAUUUCUUCCUUUUGCAAAUGAACUUAUUCAUCGUUUGUCAAAUGCGCCACAAUAA